AUGGAAACUGCAGUACUAUCACCUCUGGCUGCAUCCUCAGAGAAGACAAACGGAAACAAGCUGAGCAGGUUCUCCAUCGAUGAUGGAACAACAGCACUGAGGAAGGCUUCUGAUGAUUUUUACCCUCCCACCAACUUGGCUUCUGUUCUCAAUGUCAAUUACUCCAUUCGUGACAACCUUUUGCGUAAAAGAAUUCUGAACAAGGAUCAGUGGGGCAAACUCUCCUGUCCUGAAGGAGUGGAAUCAGAUUUCCACGAGUUCAAAAUCACACUUCUUUUUCUUCUACUACAUGUAAUUAACAUUUGCAGUUCAUCCAAUCCUCUGUCAGGUUGGCAUGCUAAGCCACCCCCUCAUGACGUGUUUUUUGAUGCUAAUCAGAAUGUGUUGUUUAGUGACAUGACUUCCACCAGUGUUGAUGGGCAAACUUUGUGGCAAAACGUUAGCAGCACUCUUCACGCUCUUGGUUUAGAUCAAGCUGAAAUUGACAGACUGACGACAGAGCAUGGUGGAGAGCAAUAUUACAUUGAUGCCCUAAUUGAGUGGGCUGACAGUAAAAAGAAAAUAAAAACACAGCUGAAGGACAUCCACCAGACGCAAUUAGAACUCCGUAAGGUACUUCAAGAUAGCAAUUCAAAACUGGAAGUACUAUUAAGUAACGCCCCAAGGAAAACUCAGGAUGUUGCAGAUGAAGCAGUGAAGAUGGAACCCAAAGGUCAUCAAGAAAUGACGGUAGCACACCAGAAGAGUAUGUCAUGUUUAGAGGGACUAAGUCAUCAAGAAAUGACGGCAGCAUACCAAAAGAGUACGUCAUGCUUAGAGGGACUAAGUCAUCAAGAAAUGACGGUAGCACACCAGAAGAGUAUGUCAUGUUUAGAGGGACUAAGUGAACAAGAAAUGACGGCAGCACACCAGAAGAGGAUGUCAUGUUUAGAGGGACUAAGUCACCAAGAAAUGACGGUAGCACACCAGAAGAGUAUGUCAUGUUUAGAGGGACUAAGUCAUCAAGAAAUGACGGCAGCAUACCAGAAGAGUAUGUCAUGUUUAGAGGAACUAAGUGAACAAGAAAUGACGGCAGCACACCAGAAGAGGAUGCUAUGUUUAGAAGGAAUAAGUCACAAAGAAAUGACGGCAGCACGCGAGAAGAGUAUGUCAUGUUUAGUGGGACUAACUCACCAAGAAAUGACGGUAGCACACCAGAAGAGUAUGUCAUGUUUAGAGGGACUAAGUCACCAAGAAAUGACGGCAGCACACCAAAAGAGUAUGUCACUUUUAGAGGGACUAGUAAUCAAGUCGCAAUCAAAAACUGAACAAGAAAUCCAUGAAAUUCGUGAAUCAGUUCAACAAGUAAAACAUGAGGUAAAAACGUUAAAAAAGAGGACGAAUAGGCAGACAGAUGAGGUCAGUACUUAAUUCUGGAUAUUUGUUGUAUUAAAAAUUUUCAGAUGUAGAAUUGAUGACUGGAUAGGCUACUCUAAGUGUGUAAACUGAGGGAAGAGGGAAGGUCACAAGAUAUUUUUGAAAUAAGCAAUGGCAGAUUUUUCUGAUUUUAAAUUGCAUGUGGCUGUAUUUAAACUUUACCACUCAUACCCCCCCGUCCCCCCGCGGCUAUGCCAAACAUAACUGACAGGAUUAUAACCUUGAAGUAUUGGAUUAAGAGAAUGCUUCUUCAUAAGGCUCAGUUUAUUCGCAAAGUUCUUUUUAGGUCGUCAUUAAAAUGUGUUUGUCAUUUGUUGACUAUGUCAACGCCCAGCAGUCUGCUAUGUUUGACCCAAUUUAGACAGUACCCUGGUAGGAAUAUUGAGGGAAGGGGACCGGUGACCAGUGUUAGGGUUCUUAGGGUUAUGCGAAAACUGGAAAAAACAAUUUAAGGUAUGAGGGAUCAUUGACAAAACAAUUUGGGGGAUAAAAAGAAUAAUCAAAAUAUUUUUAAGGGAGUAUAAUGGAAUAAGUUCUGGUCCAAAAUAUAUUAUUAAUUCGCCGUUUGCACAUCUCCCAUAAUACACCUUGUUUGCCCCAAAAAUUCGCGCAAGCAUGGUCUUCAAUUGCUCUUGGGACAACUGUAAUACCCAGGAGAAAUAAAAAAAGCAAAUGUUAAGCAUAGAUCUGGGAGGAAAACAAGGUGUAUUAUUAGAUGUGCAAAUGGCAAAUAGUAAAAUAUAAUAUUUUUUUCUUCACUCUUUUGAUAGAUUAUUUUAUACCUUUAACAACCCUUGUUCAGUUUAGUUUCAGGUUAGGUGAGUUCAAGCCUCUUGAGCACGGCUUUUGCCCCAGAGACCGGGGAAAGGGUGGGGCUUCGUGAGCUUUAUCCCUCCACGUUUGGUACCAAGUCUGUAAAAUGUCCUUAUCUAAAAAUGUCACUUACGCUGCUGUUAGAUGCUUUUAUAACUAAGCGUCUCUCUUCUGCUUUAUUUAUUUUACAGACAACUCCAGUAGAGUUCUUCGGUGUACCUUUGAACGACCAAGAGUUACUGGAUGCCGAUCCACGGUAUGUGUUGGGAGCAUGUAAACGAUUCAUAUCUCCUGGUACAUAUGACGAACAUUUCACGCACCUCACUAGUGGAUAUAGGACACCUAAACAAGUUCUAAGGAGUUUGCUGAAGGUUUUAGCAGGGUUGGACUCUAAAGACCAAGAUGAAUGUCUUGAGGCCAUUUUACAUGCACUGAGAGAGGCGAGCGAAGUAGGAUUUUCGCACGUUAUUGAACGUCUUCAGAAAGGUACAGUAGGAGAGAACCCUGGGAACGAGGUUGCUGUUCCCUCUUACGUCAUAGAUUUUGCAAUGUUGCCCGCUCAGAAACGUUUGGCUGGAGACAGUCUUUUUUGUUAGGGGCUGCCGGUUUACAUAGAGGGAGGAAGAUCCUAGAAGGGGGCCAUAAGUUUUCUGUAUUCAGUGUACAUGCAAAGGGUUGAACUUGUCCUUAGCACUUGGAUCUUCCUACUAUUAGGAUCUUCCUAGCUGACAGGUAGGAAGAUGCUUGUUCUCGGAAGAUCCUAGCACCAUGUAAAAUGCCUUUGUUAGGAAGAUCCCAGUACCAGGGAUAAACCAGACAAGAAUGGCGGCAGGUCAUUCAGUGGCUAAUAACGGCCAUAAAGGCCGACCAUUUCGUUUGGCGUUACUACGAGCUAGUUAUUGUGAUAAUUCUGCUGAAAGUUAGUUAUUAACGCCAGUAAAGAGAGCAGAAAAGCCCAAUUGCAUUUUUGUUUUUGUCACGCACUGUUUUUAUUCCUUCCAGAACCUUCUUUACUUGGGCACCACACAGACCAAAAUUUCUGCAUGUUAACCCAACGAAAAGUUGUUCCACCUUCUAGGAUCUUCCUUCAUCGGUCCAUGUAAACAGUCCCUUGAGAAACAUUCGACCUCGAAAGUAGCCCGCCAUGAGAGCUUGCGCUUUUGGGAAAAACUCCAGCCAUGCAACAAGUAAGCUUAAAUAUAUAUUUUUUUCUUUUCUGGAUAGGGCGUCAGAUGGUUAGUCUGCCACUAACAGAAAAACGCGAAGUGAUUCCCAAAGUUUCAGAAAGAGUGGGAUCAUCCUGGAAGAGUCUGGCAAGGGAUUUCAAGUUUGAAGACGAAAUUAUUAAUAGUUUAGCAGGGGAAGAACGAGGAGACAUAGAACGCUGUUACAUAGUUUUGCGAAGGUGGUGUAAACAUAAUGGAAGGAAUGCCACCGUGAGAAAACUCAUGAUCGCACUGACGAAAAUGGGAAAGGCAGAAGUGAACAAUGACAUCAUGAGAUGUUUGAAUCUUGUCAAACCAUAUGUUGUGGACACAUCAGUGACCAACGCGAUCCAAACUAAAAUGUUACGUUCCAAACUUUAAGAUUCCACCCCAAACGCCUAAUUUGAUGCAGUAUAAAACGCGAUUUUCGUCAGAAACUGUAAAUCUGUACUGCAGGUAUAACAAGUGUAAAGCCAUAUUCUGAAUACACAACAGAAUCGGAGUUGACGUAUCACGCUGACUGUGAAAACUGAAAACGAGAUGGUGAAACAACGGUAUUUUCUACUGAGCCGGUUUGGAUAUUGUUGGGAGUAUAAGAUUUACAAUGGGCUAUUGCAUUUAAUAUCCGUAUCAA